ACUACAGAAGCUAAUGGCGGAAUCUUCAUCACUACGUUGUUAAGCGUUAUUGUUUAUACGACACCUUUCCGAAUCAUUUAUAAGCCACUUGGGCAACUUUCCUCAACAAGUACAUGUAGAAGACUUAGAAACCUGCUUAAGUUUGUACUUUCCAAGUUUCAUGGAAGACAUGAUGUUUUAUGAUUUGCUAAGGACAAAUUAGUGUUUUUGCUGUUGACCAAAGAAUUGUUAAUGUGCAUGUGUACCAUAACUUUCGCUCAAGUUCUGAAAGCAGCCUACCAUACUAUCCAUCAUGUCUGGUAGCGGAAGUAGAGGAUCAUCAAGUAAAAGUCGAAACAGACCAUGUUGUGCUUGGUGUGAAGAAGCUAGAAGGGAUCUUCGAUUUUCAGUCACAGUUGGUCAUACAAAGAAGGAAUUCUGUUCAGAGUCAUGUCUUGCAGAAUUUAAAAAAGCAUAUUUAAAGGUAUCUUGCACAUUAUGUGACAGUGUGAUCCAUGGGUCUCCUGUAAGGUUAGAAGAACAAGGUCAUGUGAAAGAUUUUUGUAGCACUGACUGUCUGCAGAAACACAGACUAAAAGAAUGCAGUAAUCCCCAGUCACUGUCAGACAAGCCUAAAGGAAAGCAGUCAAAUGGUGCACAGUAUCAGUAUGAAAGUACAGGUUACUUUGACUGGGCUGAAUAUCUUAAAGAAACAAGUUCAGAUGCAGCACCUGCUUCUUGCUUCAAGCAGCAUCCACAGCCACCAACUAAUGAGUUUAAAGUUGGUAUGAAACUGGAAGCUCUGGAUCCUAGAAAUGUAACCUCUACGUGUAUAGCAACAGUUGUGGGUAUCCAGGGUCCCCGUCUGCGUCUAAGAUUAGAUGGAGGAGACAACAAAAAUGAUUUCUGGCGACUAGUAGACUCGUCAGAGAUACAUCCUAUUGGUCACUGUGAGAAAAAUGGUGGAAUGUUGCAGCCUCCUCUAGGGUUUCGAAUGAAUGCUUCAUCCUGGCCCAUGUUUUUAUUGAAAACUUUGAAUGGGGCAGAAAUUGCACCAGCCAAAAUAUUCAAAAAGGAACCAUUGACACCAAAAUCUAAUAACUUUAAAGUGGGCAUGAAGUUAGAAGCCUUGGACAGGAAAAACCCGCAUCUGGUGUGCCCAGCUACAGUGGCAACUGUGAAGGAUGAUAUGAUUUUUGUUGCUUUUGAUGGCUGGAGAGGAGCCUUUGACUACUGGUGCAAGGUUGAUUCAAGGGAUAUCUUUCCUGUGGGCUGGUGUAAAGCAAGUGGCCAUCCUCUUCAACCUCCAGGGUAUAAAGCUUUGCCAGGAAGUAAGCCAAAGACACAGGCCAAAGUUAAUAUUCCCCAGUCUGUACCUCCAGUCCCUCCUCCUCGACCUCCAUCGCCUCGCAACACCCAGAGCCCAAGUAGCAGCACUCGAGCAAGGACUUCUACCAACAGCAGUCAGAACUCCGAUCCUAGUAGUAGCACUCGAACAAGAACUUCUACCAACAAUAGUCAGCAAUCUGACAAACAGUCAAACUCUGCAACAUCUGUGUCAGCUGAUUCAGAAGAAGACUCAAAGCGGCCUCGGUCACCGAAUGUGUUAGUUACAGAACCAGACACAAGCACUGUUGCAAAACAAAAUCCCACUGUAUGUGUAUUUGUAAACCAUUCCUGUACUUGUGGACCUCAUUUGGAUCCUCGAAAAGUUACUCAGCUUCCAAUCCAAUUUGGACCUGGCUCCAUGAAUCGAGUCCUGCGAGAAGCCAUUCAGGCCUGUGUCGACUGUGCAAAUAACGAAAAAAGUGUUUUUAACCUUCUCAGACCUGGAGAUGGAAAAGUUAUCAUUACAGCUGUCUUUGAUGGAAAAACCAACACCUGUUGCUUACCUCCUGUUGAUAAAAUAUCGACUUUUUGGAGUUUUUUGGAAAAUCUUUUUGAAGACUUAUUAUGCUGUGAAAAUUUUUAUACAAGCCAACCCUUGGAAGGUGGUUGUAACAAAUGUAAUACUAAGAGUCUUGUAAAGAGAGAAGAAACGGGUAGUUAUCAAUCUACAGUUGAACCUUCCAGUCAGAAACGUCGAUGGUCCUCAGAAUCAUCAGACUCUGGAGUUCGUUACCUAUCCUUAGGGCACAAACCUGGUAAAAUCUCCAGAACUAGUAGCGUGAAAGAGACUGAAGCAAGCUCCACUACUCCUGUACCAGAAAAGCCUCCUCAGAGCCCAUCAGAAUGGGGUAUUGAAGAUGUGAUUCGUUAUAUAACAAGCUCAGACCAGGGACUUGGUGUUCAUACAGACUUGUUCCGCAGACAUGAAAUUGAUGGGAAAGCACUGAUGCUAUUAAACAGUGACAUGAUGAUGAAGUACAUGGGGUUGAAGCUUGGACCCGCCCUCAAAAUAUGCAACCUCAUAAAUAAACUGAAAGCUUGUUACAUCUAAAAGACUACUAUAUUGGCAUUUCAAAUGGAUCUCUUUGAAACAUUUUGCCAAAAAAUUGGGUAUAAGAAUACAUGGACAACCUGAAAAAAAAUAUCAUCAAUAUUCUUUGUGUGUGCAAGUACAUAAGCUCUUUUUCAGUUUUUUUCAAUGAAACCGAGUCAUGGCUUAAGUAAAGAACUAUCUACAGUCUACAAAAAUGUGCAUGAUUACUGAAAAUUCUCUCCAUUUAGAUAAGCAAGAUUUUAUUUAUAUACAUUUGUGAGUUUACUCGUUCUUUUUUAUGAUGUCACUGUGACACGUCAUAUAUAACAAAACUUAUUUAGAUACUUAUGUUUGUCUUAUUACUCUUCCUUAACCUAAGCUACCUGUUUGAUAAGUUCUAUGUGAUAAUUUUAAUCAUGGGUGCUAAGAUUACCUUGUCCUAGUGUAAGCAGUAAACAAUACGAGAUAAAACAAAUGUACGAUUGCUUGAUGUAAAUAUAAGUUUACCUGAUUCUUUCACAACUAGAUAAUGUCUGUUGUAUUUGUAUUGCUUAGUUUUGUUGAAAAAAUCACAUGCUAUCAUAAUUGGAAGUACAGAAAGAUUCAAUACACAGUAGGUAAAGUUAGGAUUUUAAGUUCAAAACUAGAGUUAGGGAAGUUUUAUUUUUCUGUGUAAUAUAUUUUGAGGAGAUAGUACAAUUUAGAGGCCCCGUAUUUUUUUCUGAAGUUUUUGUUUCAUCAUGUAGAGGAGGAGUAGAUAGUUUUUUUUUCUUGAUUGUUUUGUUCUGCCCUGUUACAUAAUAUUCAAAACAUGUUUGGGCUCUGAAUAAACAACAAAGUUUGUGUUGAUAAUCAGAUGUUUUGCCAAUAUAUUUUUGUUGAAUUAUAAGUGGUUACUUAUCACUUUUUUUUAAGAAUUGAGACAGAAGCAGAAUAAUCCAUUAUACAUGCAUCAAGCAUUUUUUUGUUUGAAUCAUGUGUAAAAAUCUCCGUUGAAUAUUAUUUUUUCUAUGUAUAGAUUACAUUUCUCUGAUUUUAUUUUAUUUGUACAUAUUGGUUUCAGAAUAAAUCAGCCCACAAUGUUCUUUAACCACUGUUUAACAGAAUACUUGUAACAAAGAAUAUGUAGCUUACUAAAAUAAUUAGACUAUAUUCAUCACUAAUUCUGAUACAUUAACAGAAUAUUAAAUUAUGUAAGAAGAGUUCCACUUAAUAGUUCUGUGUGAAAAUUAAGUGACUUGUUUGAUGGGCCAGAUGAGGCUUUGAGAAUUCAAAGUCAAUGAAAUAUGCACUUUGACUGUACAAAUCUGCAUUAAACAAAUUGUAAUGCCUUCAGAAGUGUUUAUUAAUUUCAGAUAAAAUAAUUUAAUGAACCUAAAUCAAGGGAGCUGGCAUCUCAAACAGGUCACCACACUCCAAAGUUUGCUGCACUAAACAUAAGUUUAGAUGUUCUUGGUACCUAGAGACCCACGGCUUUCAAAAUGGCAGCAUGUUAUUAAGUAUUUGUGUAUAUAUGCAUAUCAAUCCACAAACUAUGCAUAUUAUAAACUGUUUUUUGUUUUAGACUAUUAAAGUCAUACAAAGUUGUUGGAUAUACAUGUGGUGAACAGUAGGUUGCUACCCAGUUGUUUAUGGAAAAUUAUUUUGAUGAUACCUAGCCAGUAAGUAAAAGCCUGUGAUUUUUUUUUCUCAUAUUUCUGACAUAGAAUUAUUUUCUGUAUUCGAUUAAGUCUUAGUUUGAAAAUUAUUUGUGGGUAACAUUUUUAUUUCUUAGUGUUUAUUUAAUGUGUGUGUAAAGUUGAAAAUCAGAAGUGUUAAAAAGUUUUCUUUUUUCUUGUGUAUUUUUUCAGCAGGUCAUAGUGUUACUGUAGCUUUUCUCUGGAUAUAAAUGCUGGACCUAAGGUGGUAAAAGAUGUUGUUCCUUCCCGUGCAUGGUAAUUAAAUACCAUAGGUCCAGUUAUGCACAGUUCAGUGUAUAUGCUUUACACUUCAAUAUACCAUAAAAACGGAUUUAAUACUAAGUGAGUUUUAAGAGAUGUAUCCAGUUCAUUAGCUGUAAGCAGUUUGUGCAUGAAGACUGGAGAGGAUAGUAGUUUUGAAACGGAUAAAAUGUUUUCUUUGAAAUAUUUUUAUUUCGCUAAGAGUCUUACGUACAUAAUGAUUAAACUAUUGUUAAUUAAUACUCCUUAUUUUCUUUUCUUCAUUCAUAUUUUCCUGAUAUUUGAGUUAUAUUUAAGGGGUUUUAUUUUAAACUUGAAUUUUGUAACGAACGAAGCCCCUAUACAUUUUUAACGUAAAAGUAUAUUUUGUAGAUGAUUUUAAGGUUUUUGAUAAAUCUUGUGUCUUUCUGGUUUGUAGUUCUUAGAAUAUCUCAGUUAUUUUGAAGGACGAUUAUUAUUCAUAAAACGUUUUACAGCAUUUUCCUUCAUAUUUUUUAAAGACACACGGUUGCUUCGAACACAAGUCAUCAUCAGUAGUGCCAUGUAAUUGUCUAAUCUGGUACUAUUUACAAAUAAAGCUUUUUCUUUUAUUGGCGUUUUAAUUAUAUAGCAUGAUUCAUGAAUAAACGUGGCACUAUUCAAGAAAUUAACAGAUGGCGCUGCAUCAGCCAUAUUCAGACCGUGUGCCUUUAUACUACAUAAAAUCAUCCCAGAGGUCAGACUUCUAUUUUUCUAUGAUUGUUUGCUGAAAAACACCUUUCUGUCUUUCACUCAUUUAUGGGAUAUUGUAAAUAAACCUAGAUUGUCUUAUUUUUGUGUGUAAACAUCUCACUGGCACCAAAAUGUUGGUGGUUACUAGUAGGAUACAAAUUAAAUGAAACUGGCACCUAAUGUUUGAACAAA